AUGUGGUGUGGUUGUGGACGAUUUGAGAACAUCUUCUUCUAUUUUUCCGCAGGCCAAGCACAAAAGAGGAAGGACGACGACACAGCACGAAGCAGAGCUGACAUGGGAGACUUGGGCGACGUGCCGGAGGAGGAAGUGUUUGUACUCCGCCUGCCUGAGGCGGAGGCUGUAAAGCUGCGCACGGCGUUGGACAACAACGAAGACCUCGGCGACCGCUUUGUUCUGCAGCUCGGUGGCCGCCCAAACGUGGUGAUUGAUGGCAAGGAAUUCGACGCAAAGUUGUACAAUCUACCAACAGUGAUUGAAGCCCACAAGACGGCAGACAGCAACUACGUUUACAAAGUUGGCGACGUUCACCAGAUUGUCAUUGCAUCGGAGAAAGCAGAGGAUGGAGGCGGUACAGAACAAGCGGAAAGCUAUGGUGGGCGCGUGCUGGCUGUCCCCUUCCCACACGGCCUGACACCGCCAUUACGUAAUGUACGCCGCCGCCGCUUCCGCCCAACGGCAAAACCUGUCGUUGACCAGGCGCCGGAGAUUAUGGAAGAGGUUGCCCGCCUCAUGAACUCGGACGCCCAGGUCGACGUGCACACAUUCGAGGUUGAAAAGGAAGAAGAAGAGGAGGACAGCAGCAGCAGCAGCGACAGCAGCAGCGACAGCAGUAGUGAGAGUGAAGACGAGAGUGGCGAUGAGACGGAUGAAGAUGAGGAUGAAGAUGAAGAUGAGGAUGAAGAUGAAGAUGAAGAUGAGGACGAGGAGGAUGAUUCCCAGAGCAAGCACGGCCGGGACUUUGACACGGCGUCGGCCAGCGUUGCUCGCACAAGCAGAUACGGUGGCGGGGACGAAGAUGAAGAUGAGGAUGAGGAUGAGGAUGAGGAUGAGGAUGAGGAUGAGGGAGACGUGGGCAGGUUACGAGAUGUGCAGUCGGAGAAGCCGUUUUCUGAAAUCGCCGCGUCUGAAACGCAAAUGGAGAGUCAAAGUGUGAUGAUGGACACGCAAGAAGACCAAGAGGAUGAAGAGGAUGAAGACGACGAAGACGACGAUGACGAUGAGGAUGACGAUGACGACGAGGCUGACACGCAAGAGGAAGCAUCUCAGUCACAGGAGCAAUCACAGCAGCAGGAAGCGCCGUCGCAACCAACACCGUCGCAACCGUCGCAACCGUCGCAAGUGAGCGAACCGUCCCCAGCAGUGGUUGCGCUGGAGAAGAAGAUCUCAAAGCUUGAGGAGGACGUGCGCAAGGCGGCAAACCCUGUUGUUCGUCGCCGCCACCAGCUGCAGCUCGACGCAGCCCGUGCUGAACUCGCCAAGAUGAAGGGUGACGGCCCUGACGCGUAA